AUGAAAGAAUCAAGUCAGAUCAUGAGGGAGGCGAACACAACCGAAGAGCCAUGCGUGGGAUCCCCAGAAUUUUGUAACUUAACUAGAGAUGAAUAUGUGACGAUGCUAAAGGAAUACAUAUAUCCACAGACAUACGAAUGGGUAUUGAUCGGCACGCACACUGUCGUGUUCAUCGUUGGAUUGGUUGGAAAUGCUCUAGUGUGCAUAGCCGUAUACAGGAAUCACACGAUGAGAACUGUUACCAACUAUUUCAUCGUGAACCUCGCUGUGGCGGAUUUCAUGGUGAUACUCUUCUGUCUGCCCGCAACCGUCCUAUGGGACGUCACCGAGACCUGGUUUCUAGGCGAUUCUCUCUGCAAAAUACUUCUCUACUUUCAAUCUGUUUCAGUGACGGUGUCUGUUUUAACGCUUACGUUCAUAUCGCUCGACCGCUGGUAUGCGAUCUGCUUCCCAUUGGAGUUCAAAUCCACGACUAGCCGCGCGAAGACCGCGAUUCUCAUCAUUUGGGCUAUCUCACUCAUUUUCAACACGCCGGAGCUGGUGGUGUUAACUACAGUGAAGACGGUACCGCUGCGUUUCGAGCUGGAAUACCUGGUUCAGUGCAUGGCUAUCUGGUCAUCCACCAGCGACCUCGUCUGGCACAUAGUCAAGGUUCUGUUUAUUUACACGAUACCUCUGCUGCUGAUGACAAUAGCGUACCACCAAAUCGUGAGGGUGCUGUGGCGGUCGGACAACAUUCCAGGGCAAGCGGAGACUAUCAAACUAGCAUCCGCUGAACAAACUCAGCUGCGUUCCAGAAGGAAGGCAGCCAAGAUGUUGGUCGCUGUGGUUGUGAUGUUUGCAGUGUGCUACUUUCCUGUUCACCUGCUCUCAGUGCUAAGGUACACAUUGGAUAUGGAGCAAAACGACGUGAUCACUUGCCUCGCCCUGCUCUCUCACGUAAUGUGCUACGCGAAUUCGGCUAUCAACCCGUUGAUUUACAACAUCAUGAGCGGUAAAUACCGCAGGGAGUUCCGCCGGGCGUUCUGCUGCUCCGGCAAACGUUUACGGGACACCCUCACUGUCACCACUCGCACGCUAUCCAGGAACAGGAAACAGGAGAGCCUUCAAGCCCUCGGCAGGAACCAGACUCAGUACUGUCAUCCGACGGUCAUCAGGAACGGAUACGGGAAUAACUACAUCACU